AUGGUCUUGAUUUAUGUUGAUGACAUGAUUGUCACGGGCAACAAUCCUUCCUCACUCCAACAAUUUGUGCUGAGGUUGAACAAUCAAUUUGCUCUCAAGGACAUGGGUUCUCUUCAUCAUUUCUUGGGUGUAGAAGUUCAAAGGGAUGUAACUGGCAUGUAUUUGACACAAACCAGGUAUAUUGAAGAUCUCCUAAAAAGAGCUGGCCUAGAGAACACUAAACCUUGUCCUACUCCGGCUGCUAUUGGCAAGCACUAUACCUCAACCGAUGGAGAUCCUAUGACUAAUCCCACGAUUUACGGAAGCAUAGUGGGAGGAUUGCAGUAUUUAACCAACACUCGACCCGACAUCUCCUAUAUUGUUAAUAAACUCAGCCAAUACCUGCAACAUCCAACUACUACUCAUUGGCAAGUAGUUAAGAGAGUCUUAAGAUAUUUGAAGGGAACCAGAGAUAUGGGAGUUCAUAUCAAACCAUGUGACAGAUUAGCUCUUGUUGGUUUCUUUGACGCGGAUUGGGCUUGCAAUCUAGAAGAUAGAAAAUCAGUGGCAGGUUACUGUAUUUUUCUUGGAGAUACUAUUGUGUCAUGGUCCUCAAAGAAGCAGAAUGUUGUUGCUCAGUCCUCUACUGAAUCUGAGUAUCGCGCCUUGGCUAAUGCUGCUUGUGAACUAGCCUGGAUUCAGUCUCUUCUGCAUGAGUUCUCAUUUCCUUUGCCAGCAAUACCAAUCACUUGGUGUGAUAAUCUCAGUGCGGGAGCUCUUGCAGCCAAUCCUGCCUAUCAUGCAAGGACAAAGCACAUUGGCAUUUAUGUUCACUUCAUCCGUGAUAGAGUCCCUACAAGAUUACUCCAAGUAGAGCCAUUAACUAUACAAGACAUUCAUUUCUAUCCUCAAUUGUUGCACGUGAAUCUCUUUGUUGUGAAAGAUAGAGAUCAAGUCUCUCUUAUGGUUGAUCAACAAUAUGUUGUUGAGUCUCGUUGA